CGCAAAUUUCAACUCUCAAAUUCAACGAAGUAAAAAAGCCCUAAAUUGAUAUCUCUAUCCCUUGCGCAUGAUCCAGAUUCGGUUGUGAUCGGAGCUGCCAUGGAACGUAUCAUCGGCGGCAAGUACAAGCUCGGACGGAAGAUUGGCGGUGGUUCCUUUGGAGAGAUUUUCCUAGCUACGCACAUCGAUACCUUCGAGAUUGUAGCUGUUAAGAUCGAGAACAGUAAAACAAAACAUCCUCAGCUUCUCUAUGAAGCUAAGCUAUAUAGAACUCUUGAAGGAGGAAGUGGAAUUCCGCGCAUAAGAUGGUUUGGAGUUGAUGGAACAGAGAAUGCUUUAGUGAUGGAUUUGCUCGGUCCAAGUCUCGAAGAUCUUUUCGUCUACUGUGGGAGAAAAUUUUCACCAAAGACGGUCUUGAUGUUGGCUGAUCAAAUGCUAACUAGAAUAGAAUAUGUACAUUCCAAAGGAUAUCUGCAUAGAGAUAUAAAACCAGAUAACUUUCUCAUGGGCCUAGGCCGCAAAGCGAAUCAGGUUUAUCUAAUUGACUUUGGACUGGCCAAAAGAUAUCGUGAUGCCAACACCAACCGCCACAUCCCUUAUAGGGAAAACAAGAAUUUAACAGGAACUGCACGAUAUGCAAGUUGCAAUACACAUCUUGGUAUUGAGCAAGGUAGACGGGAUGACCUAGAGUCUCUUGGAUAUGUGCUUCUGUACUUCUUAAGAGGAAGCCUUCCAUGGCAGGGUCUUAAGGCUGUUGACAAGAAGCAAAAGUAUGACAAAAUUUGUGAGAAGAAGAUAUCAACUCCUAUUGAGGUUCUAUGCAAAAGCCACCCCGUGGAGUUUGCUUCAUAUUUUCAUUAUUGCCACACACUGACAUUUGAUCAACGCCCUGAUUAUGGAUUCUUGAAGCGGCUUUUUCGUGAUUUAUUCUCACGGGAAGGAUAUGAGUUUGACUAUAUAUAUGACUGGACUAUUAUAAAGUAUCAGCAAUCACAGAAAACUAGAAGUCAGUCUCAGGCCGUUCCUGGGUCUAGUAAUGCUCGUGCAAUACCAAUGGACACAAGCAAUCAUCGAGGAGGAACUAAGAUUUCACAUGAAGCCCAAGUCUCUGACCGUGUCAGACCGGCUAAUGCCAGUGGUCCAAGCCCACAGAUUAAUACCGCUGUAGGGAGGAGUCUGGGUUUUGAUCAAGUCCACAAGAAUAUGAACAUGCCAUCAUCCACUUCAUUAUCUCCUGCGGGUACCUCAAAAAGAAAUGUCAGACCCGAAACCUCAAAUUCUGGGUUUGGGAGCGGGAAUAAAACCGGCGGUUGGACUUCACCAUUCAUGUCACCGGGGAAAUGAUGCAAAAAAAGUUGGAGUAUAUCAUUCAUCUGAUCUGCUGAGCAAGAUUAUGUGUGCCUUUGGGUCUAAACUGUGAUUUCUGCAGUGAAAAGCUCUAGACUGAGGUUGAAGAUCUGAAUGGAGUUUUUCCAUGAACAGCUUACUGUUUGACAAAAGGCAUGAAGAUUAUGUUUGCUUUCCUUCAAGAUUCUCACAAAUGACUGACUUCAACCUUUGUAUAAAAUCUUGCAACCGGGCGUGUAAUUUGGUUCUUGUGAUUCAUUCUCCCAAGUUUUCUUCUAUAAAACUUUGUUCGUAUUUCUGUACGUAGUUCCCUGUGUUGGGGCAUAACCUGGGUUUGCUGUGUCAUCAACAUUGUUUGCAGAAAAUCAAGAGCAAAGCAUGAGCAGCUUCAGCAGAGAUGCCUUCAAAGGCUUGAGUCAAGAGUUGCUUGUGGCAGGGACAUGUCACCAUCAAGCUAAUGUGCAGCUGACGAGAACGUAAAAGGAUAAGCUAUGGCUAGCUUCUGGAAUGCUCCGAGAAACACUUCCCCCUUUUUUUUUCUCUGAAUUUCCUAUUCAGUUUAAUGGUAUUCUGUGUUUGAUUUUUCUUACUCGAUUUUGUGCAUUGAAAAAAAUUAUAUCAAAAAGCUUGACUUGAUCCAAACAUGCAUUUUCAAUUGCUAUUAUUAAAAAA